AUGUCUGGAGCCCUUGAGGUCCUGCAAAUGAAAGAGGAGGAUGUCCUCAAGUUCCUUGUAUCAGGAACCCACCUAGGUGGCACCGACCUUGACUUCCAAAUGGCACAGUACAUCAACAAAAGGAAGAGUGAUGGAAUCUACAUCAUAAAUCUAAGAACCUGGGAGAAACCUCCUUUGGCGGCUUGUGCCAUUGUUGCCACUGAAAACCCAGCUGCUGAUGUCAGUGUCAUAUCCUCCAGGAAUACUGGCCAGUGAUCCGUGCUCUUUGCUGCUACCACUGGAGCCACUCCUAUUGCUGGCCGCUUCACUCCUGGAACCUUAACUAACCAGAUCCAAGCAGCCUUCUGGGAGCCAAGACUUCUGAUGGUUACUGAUCCCAGGGCUGACUACCCUCUCACCGAAGCCCCUUACAUUAACCUGCCUACCAUUGCUCUGUGUGACACAGACCCUCUUUCUUCUGUGUAUGUGGACACUGCCAUCCUGUGCAACAAAAAGGGAGCCUACUCAGUGGGUCUGAGUAGGAUAUGGAUGCUCACCUGGGAAGUUCUUCACAUUGAACACCCAUGGGAAGUCAUGCUUGAUCUCUAAUUCUACAGAGAUCCGGAGAUUGAAAAGGAAGAGCAGGCAGCAGCUGAGAAGGCUGUAACCAAGGAGAAAUUUCAGGGUGAAUGGACUGCUCCAGGUCCUGAGAUCACUGCUACUCAACCUAAGGUGGCAAAGUCUGAAGGUAUGCAGGUCCCCUCUGUGCCCAUCCAGCAGUUACCUACUGAAGACUGGAAUGCUCAGCCUGCCACUGAAGCUCCCACUGCUCGGGCCACUGAAUGGGUAAGAACAACCACUGAGUGGUCUUAA